AUGAAUGCCAGGCAGAGGCAGCUCACGCCCACCAGCCCACCGUCAUUAUCGAUACUAGAGCCUGCGUCAUCAACAACACUACAGCCUAGAACUCAAGCCCCCACUACCCCGAUCGAAGAUAAACUGCCUCGCCAUGGGAUAUCCAAGGACCGGGCCGAGGCGUGGAACCGCAAGUACAAUUAUGAAAGUCUGCCGCGGAUGCACGAGGAUUUCUUUUAUGGACUGUUGAUCGAGGUGGCUGGCGAGAUAAAUCCAGCGGAUGAGGAGUUUGAGUCCAAAGUAGAGUCCAAAGUGGGGAGUAUCAUGGAAGAGAAGAGCACCCAGUCUCGCGAGAAAUUCGAUGAUACAGCGUACGAGAUUAUAGGGACUGGGUUUAAGCUCUUCCAGGACAAGGAAUUGUCGAAAUCCUGGUAUCACUCCUUUCUUGACCCGCACAGUAUCCACAGCCUGGAGACUUUCUUCGCAAACUGUCUUCCGGUACUUAUCAACAAGCUCCGGGAGCUCCGGGAGCGCAAAUCAAAGGGUCGAAAGCGAGGUAGCACCGGUAACACUUGGAAAAGGUCACCCAAAGUGCAAAAGCCAAUUCCAGAAUCGGAUGGGGGAACUGGCACACGACGGAGUUCGCGCAUUAAGAAAUCACAUACACCACACUCCGAGCAAGUACUCUUGCAGGGUCCAAUAGAUUGA